GUGCAAUAAUACAAAAAAAAAAUAUUAUUGUUAUCUAUUGUUAUCAGCUCUACCGGCGAUUAAAUAUUGUCGUAAACUGUAAAAUGAAUACAUUUCUGAAACAUUGUAGAAGUCUGCUUAAUAAAAAGGUCACGAAAACAGUAAUUAUUGGAAAUGAGAGCUGCGAUUUGGACUCAGCUGUAUGCUGCCUAUCACUCGCCUUUUACCUAUGGAAGUAUCCCAAUUUGAUCACCCGAAUUCCGUAUGUCGAAAACGUUCUUCCAGUAUUGAACGUUCCACGGGAAGAGUUGGUGUUGAAAACGGAAGUGGUGUAUUACUUAAAAUCAAACCAAAUCAAUACUGAAGAUUUGAUUUGUCGCGAUGAAGUGAAUCUAGAAAACAAUGUUGAUAACUCUAUCAAAUUUAUACUGGUUGAUCAUCAUAUAACUGGACCUAAUCGUGAAAUCAUUGCUACUGUUGAUCACCGUCCAGUGGAUCCUAGAGCACAGUUCGAACAAAACACAUUUAAAUUUAUUGAAUUAGUAGGAUCGUGCUCAUCUCUAGUAACUAAACUAAUAUACGAUUCAGAAAAUGUUGAUCGCGAUGAUAAUGAACAUUCAACACCUCUUAAGUUGCUGUAUGGUGCAAUUAUCCUUGAUACUGUAAAUUUUUCUGAGGCCGCCGAUAAAGCCAGAGCAUUAGAUCAUGAUAUGGCUAAAUUUAUUGAAAGUUUCCUGAAAAUAUCUAACGUGCCAGAUUAUCGCGACAACCUCUUCAAAACACUGGUAGAUCAAAGAAGUGCUAUUUCAGGACUUGAUACGUAUCAAAUUUUGUUGAAAGAUUUAAAAUUAUUAUCUAGAAAUGGUCGCACAGUAGCUAUUCCUGGCUAUCCAAUGUUAGUUCAAGAGUAUAUAAAAUUACAAAAUUCUGAAAGUAACAUAAUUAAAUUUGCUGGCAAUACUUCUUCAAAUGUGGUCGUCCUGAUGGGCAUGAAAGUAAACAAUGUUGAUGGUUCUAUGCGAAGAGAUCUUGGAAUAAUCAAUAUUGAUGAUAGCAAGUUAGCUGAAAUGAUAAUUUCAAAAAUACUUACUAACGAGUGUCCCAGUUUUCAAGUUUCUACACUAGACUGCAUGUUUUUGAAUGGUACCUUUCUUGAACAAAACAAUAUAAAAGCAUCGCGGAAGCAACUAUUGCCAUUAAUAAAUGAAUGUUUGGAUACUGCACGGUAAUCCGGUAUUUGCUUCAUU